AUGCAAGCUUUGCUACGCACCCUCGACCGCAUCGCCCUCCUCUCCGCCUCAGACUUCAAAUACGACUUCAACAACCCCCCAUCCGACGCUAUCACAACAGGAAAGGGUGGCCAUACCGUCAAAGCAGAUUGUAAAGUCUUCCCAGCCUUGAUCGGCACAGGCGUAGGCAUGACGGUCGGGUUUAUCGGUGCCUGUGGUUUUAAUACGCCGCAUACGCAGCCCCGGAGUUCGGAGAUUAAUACUGUUGUGGAGGGGAGGUUGGGGACGGAAUCUAUUGCUAAGAAUGGCGUGGAUCAGAUUCGAAAUAUGUUGGAGAAGUAUCAGAUGACCGUCUUUCCCCAAGGCGCCGCCCACACCGAGUUCAACCCCGACUGCGAACCAGCCGUAUUCGUAGCCGGCUUCGCAUCAGAAGACCCCGGUGUCGAACAGGCUGCUCAGACGCUAUUUGGAUUCGACGCAGAGCUGGUGGAAGCUGAUCUCGGCGUGCAAUCAAUCAACGGCGCUAGUAUCGAAGACUUCAGAAAGGUCAUAACGGCGAAUGUGGCGCUGGGGGUUGAGCAGUGUUUGAGGAAGUGUGGGAUUAGCAAGAAGUGA